AUGCGCCUUAAAAAAGCAGCAAGAAUUAUCUUGAUUGGGGCGCCGGGAGUAGGAAAGGGCACACAGGCAGAACGACUUCUACAGCGAUUUCCACAGCUUUCUGCGAUUAGUUCUGGAGAUUUGUUAAGAGAUCAUGUCAAGAACCGGACUCCUCUAGGAAUCAAAGCGGAAAGUACUAUAAAAUCCGGCUUGCUCGUUCCUGAUGCCAUGAUACUUCGACUUAUUCUUCACGAAUUGAAAACCCGUGGCUGGUUAUUUCCCUCGUCUGCACCAUCGAUGACACUCGCAUCCAAUGCUAUAUCGGCUUCUUCUUCCGAAUUUGACACAGAUAUAUAUGUUGAACAACCAUCACUGGCAGAAGCUGCUUCGCCACCUCAAACAUCCGACGAUCCUUCUGCUUCUUUUAUACUUGAUGGCUUUCCUCGCACGGCCGGGCAAGCCACUCAACUCGAUUCACUCAUUCCCAUAAACCUCGUCGUUUCCCUGAGAACCCCAGCGUCCGUUAUACUAGAGCGCAUUGCGGGACGUUGGGUUCAUGCUCCAUCUGGUCGAGUCUAUAAUACUACAUUCCAUGCGCCCAAGGUUGCUGGGCUUGACGACAUCACUGGAGAAAAGCUUACAAAACGUCCAGACGACUGCGAAGAAACAUGGAAGACGCGGCUCAAGAAAUUCGAAGAGACAAGUGAACCAUUGCUGGAACACUAUGCGCGCAAAGGAGUUUUGUGGGAAGUUCAAGGAAACAGCAGCGAUGAGAUUAGUCCUAGAUUAUACCAGGAGGUUGAAAGAAGAUUCGCAGAUAUAUGA